GUAAAUUGAUUUAUUCUUUUGGAUGAAUGACUUUUGUUUUCUAUCAAAAAAAAAUUCAGAUCAGAAAAAAAAUAAUUAUAAAUUUCAGAACGGACCGGAAUUCAAUUUUUCACAUGUGUUGUUUGCUUCUUUUCUGUGCCACAAAGAAACCUGUCAUUUACUAAUAUAUGCCGGUUUUGUAGGUAUUUAAUAUUGUGCUGAAUAAAAUAGUUGUGAUUGUUCUAUCUUUACAAGUGCUCAUCCACUCACCAGCCUCUAAUUACUUGUUUAAUUCUUAGGAUAUAAUCUAAUCUCCAAAUCACCGAUAAAACACCCUUCGCAGUGCUUGGGGUAGUUAUAUUUAUUGUGGUCAAUUGCAUAAUUCUAUUGCAAAAGACAGCUACUGGAAUAAAUGCAUUUUUAUAAAUGGCAUCUUCAAUUGAUUCUUCUACUGUUGAUUUUCCUCAAACUUCUACUUCUACCACAUCUCCCAGCGAAAUCAAUAGCCACAAUGCCACGCUAACAUUACCCAAGAACAAUGUCAAGAACAGUGAAAGUGGCAUCAAAAGGAACACUAACACGCAAAAUAAUGGUGAAACUGAUAAUAUAAGCAUAUCAAAUAGUGCCAAUAACAGCAGUUUGGUAGUUAAUAGCAAUUCAAAUUCAAGAAAACCAUCUUUUUUCACGCACUUAGCACUUGGGUCAGUCUCUUCAUUAGAUAGUUUUUCUAUUAAGAAAAAAUUCGAUGACAGAUUUCAAACCAGAAUUAGUGUUUUAUUCAACUUCAAAAACAACAACAACGGUCAGAUCAAUAAUGAUUUAAAAACAUUUCAAAAUUUUAAUAAUCAAUUGAAUGAUUAUCAUUUAAAUAAUAAUAGUUACAAUAACGACAGCGAGCAAAUCGAUAAUGAAAACUCUGACAACAAUUUUGAAAUAAUAAGAUGGAUGCCUUUAAGAGCCACGACUGAUUUUUUAUAUUCCGAUAAUUCAAUUAUAAACUAUGGGUUACCAUCAGUAAUAAUUCCUGCUGAUUUAAUUUUUGUUGGGACAACCAAGGGAUUUAUAAUAGUAUUUGAUUACCAUCAAACUUUAAGAUAUAUCUUGGGAAGCAUUAAUUCAAAUUCAAUCAAAUCUGGAACUAUAACAUCAUUGGCGGUAUCUUCAGACUCUACUCAUGUUCUAUCUGGCCAUGAAUCUGCUGAUAUCUACUUGUGGAAUUUAAAAAAGAUUAAAAACCCAAUAUUACAAAUAAAUGCAAUUACUAUUGAUGAAAGAAAUUACAAAAAAAAAAUCGGUCAUUUAGUUUAUAAGAAAAUCCACCAAUUGAGCUUUUUACCCAAUAGACAUACUGCAUUUAUUUCUGCAGACAUUGAUGGUUAUUUGAUCUUGCACAAUGGUCACAGAAAUUAUCUUGGUAACCUAGUUUCAAGAAACAUCAAGUUAUACGGAAAUUCACUAUCAUCUCCUAUUCUUUCUUCCUCUCAAAAUGGCUCUGACCGUAAUUCUUUCAUUGACAAUAAUAACAAUAGCAAUAGUAUUGUUACUGUUGAUAAUUAUAUUAUUAACGAAGGCACAACAAUUUUUUCUGCAAGUACUUUACCUUUGGGCUCAAUAGUGGAUAAAACAGACUCGAUGGGCCUUGUAGCUUUAUUAACUACUAAUACAUUGGCUAUAAUAUCAACUUCUCCUGAUUUAAUAACUCAAUUUACAACUGGAAAGCCAAAAAUCUUAAAUUUAAAGAAUAAUGGUUUAUCUGGUUGUUUAGCUUGGUUUCCUAUAACAACUGUAGAAGGUAAUAAUAAAUCAUUAGUGACUAUACCUCCAAGAUUGGCAUACUCUUGGAGUAAUGUUUUAACUAUUUUAGAAACACCAUUUGAUGAUGAUUAUAACAAUGAAUUCAAUUCUGACUUAAAGUCUAUUAAAAUUGUCAAUAAAAAAAGAUGGGUGGGCGACGAAUCAAUAGUAUCAAUUCAAUGGUUAAAUUCUAAAGUUUUAGUUUUACUAACUGUAACGCAGCAAAUAAUUUUACUCAAUUCUUUAACAAUGGAACCAUGUAGCAUACAUAGUAAUGGCUACUAUUAUAAGAAGGGUAUUAGUAAUUUUAAGAUUGAUAUUUUAACUACUUGUCAUUUAUUUCAUCAAAGAAUGUAUCAAUCAGUUGAAAGACGAAUAUCUAAUAAUAAUUCCUUUAGAAUUCAUGAUUUUUAUUUUAAUUCUUUCAAAUCAUAUAAAAGUAGAAUAUUUUUAUUAGGGGAAAAUGAAAUAAUGGUUGGGACUUUAUCUAAUUGGGCAGAUAAAUUAUUAGAAUUAAUUCAAAAAGGUAGCUUUAUUCAGUGUCUUGAACUAGCAAGAAAAUUUUAUCUUGGAAUUGAAUGUGAUUUAGUAUUAAUUGGUUUGCCUGAAGAUGAUUUGCAAAGGAAAAAAUUAGUUUAUCAACAUUUAUUAGACAUAAUGUUUGCAUCAAUUAAGUUUUUUUUCAAAAAUUUAAAAAAGUUUCAAAAUUUGAAUAAAGUCAAUCAAAUUAAUUUAGAUACAGAUCAACACAAUAUUUUUUAUAAUCAAUUAUCUGAUUUUUUAUUUAUUUGUUUAAAUACUUGCAUCACAAUUGAUGCAGAUCUGUUUAUUUAUGAGAAAUUAUUUGAGAAGUUUAGCCAAACAAAUUAUUUGGAUAUUUUUUUUGAUGUUUUAGAACCAUUUAUUUUAAAAGAAAAAUUUACAAAAGUUCCUCCGAUGAUUUUCAGUGAGAUGGUAAAAUAUUAUGUUUUUAAAAAUAAAGGUGAAAUAUUAGAAGAAAUGAUUUGUUUGUUAGAUAUUGAAACUUUAAACAUAGAUUUGACACUAUCAUUAUGUGAACGAUAUAAAUUGACGGAUACGUCUAUUUUUAUUUGGAAUAAAUUACUAAAUGAUUAUAUCAAUCCAUUGAUGAAAUUUAUUGAGGAUAUCAAUCAAAUAGUCUUUUUUGAAGAUUCAAUUAAUGGCAAUGGUAAUAUUUUUGAUGGUGAUGAUGAUGAUAAAUCAAAUUUUAGCAAACAAAAGGAAAUUGAAUUAAAGGGCAAAGAACCUAGUAAUAUGGAUAAAAAUAACAAAAAUAGCACUAAUUAUAAUCAUAUGAGCUAUAAAAAUAUAGAUGAAUCUUCUGAUUACCCUGACAAUGAUGACAAUAAUGAUAAUAAUGAUAAUAAUGAUAAUAAUGAUAAUAAUGAUAAUAAUGAUAAUAAUGAUGAUAAUGAUGAUAAUGAUGAUUAUGAUGAUUAUGAUGAUUAUGAUAAAAACAAUGAUAAUACAACAUUUGAUUUAUUGGAUUGUGAUCUAAAUUUAAAUGAAAAACAAGAAAAGAUAGACAAUUGUUUGAAAGUUUACGCAUAUUUAUCAUUUAUUUUGACUGGACGACAAUAUCCUGCAAAUAAGUUAAUCGAAGAUAGUGAUAAAUGUAAAAAAGCAAAACUUUUAAUAUAUUAUGUAUUGUUUAAUGGAGAUUAUAUUGAAUGGCCAAUAGGAUCUGAGAAUAUUGUCAAAGUAGGUAAUGAAGAAGAGUUGAAAGGCGGAGGAUUAAAUAUUGAUUUCCCAUAUUUAUACUUGUUGUUGAAGUUUAAUUGUAUUGAGUUAUUAUCAGCAUUUAACGAGGCAUUUGAGGAUGAAUUGUUAAAUGAGGAUGAAAUAAUGGAUGAUUCUGGAAUAAUUGAUAAUAGGUAUGGUAAUGAAAACGGUAACGAUGAAGAAGGAAGGGAGGAAGAGAAUAGUAAAGAGAAUAUUAACAGUUAUAAAGAGUUUAACAAUAAUCUUAAUAAAUAUAGUUUAAAAGUCAAUCGGCAGUAUAUUAUUGAGGUUUUGUUAAGUAUAUUUAAAAGUAAUUUGGAUGAGUUUAGUGAAAUAGAUCAGGUUUAUUUAUCAAUUUUCAUUUCAAGAAAUUAUCCUAAGUUUUUUCAGUUUAUCAAAUUGAACGAUUCGACCUGUUCAAAAUUGAUUGAGAAAUUGUGUUCAUAUUGCAGUUUUGGUUUCGAAGAACAAGAAGAAGAUGGGGGCAAUAGAUAUGGUAAGGGUGAAAUUGAGUUUUUGAAAGAAGAUUGUGAAUUGAGUUUGCAAAGUUUAUUGUCGAUUUAUCAGCCAUCUAAUUUUUUAAAUUUGAUACCGAUAUUAGAAAAGGCGAAAUUUUACGAUGUGUUAUUUAAUAUAUACCGAAACGAGAAUAAUUAUGGGAAAAUGUUGGAGUUGUUAUUAAAGAUUCGAAAUCUCAAGAAUAAAAGUAAGAAUAAAAGCAAGAAUAAGAGUAAGAAUGGUAAGGUUGGUGGUGGUAAUGAUGGUAAAAAAAAAGGAAAUUUUCAGUAUCAGUAUCAGUAUCAGUAUCAGGAUCAGGAUCAGGAUCAGUAUGAAGAUAGAUAUGAAAAUGAAUAUGAAUAUCAAAUUGAGAAUAUUAAAUUGGAUGAAAUGAUAUUGAAUAGUUUGAGAAUUAGUAAAGAAGAUACUCGGGAAAGAAUUAGGAUUGAGCAAGUGUUGAAGCAGCAUUUUUUGCAAAUAGUUGUUGAGGAUACUGAGGAAAUAGCGAGGAUAUUUAAUGAACAUUGUAAGGAGAUGAAUGAAGAGAUAUAUGGAAUGGAAGGAGGUGAUGAAUAUGAAGAUGGUAAAAUACGAGAGGCUCAAUAUGUAUAUUUGAAUACGAUUCAUGAUGUUGAGAGUGAAGAUAGUGGAGAUAGCGAAGAUAGUGAAGAUAGUGAAGAUAAUGUGAUAUUUUAUAUUAAACUAUUGAGUGAAUUUAAGGAUUCGAGUCGGUUGAUGAAAUAUUUAUGGAAGAUGGAUAAGAGGAAGAAUGAAGAGAGUUAUGGUAGGAAGAAAGAACAGGUUAUUGAGAUAAUUGAGAGGAAUGAGAUGAUUGAUGUUUUGAUAUAUUAUUUGAUGGAGAAUGAAGAGAACGAGCGAUGUUUGACGAAGAUAAUUGAGUAUUUGAACGAGCGAGUUGAUAAAGUAGUUGAGAGUGAGAAGAAUGAGAAGAAUGAGAAGAAUGAGAAGAAUGAGAAGAAUGAGAAGAAUGAGAAGAAUGAGAAGAAUGAGGAUAAGAAUAGAGAGAUUGAAAAGGAAUUGUGGAAGUAUGUAUCGAAAGCGAUUGAGAUCUGUCAGAUUGAUAUUGGAGAGGAAGAUAGAAAGGGAGAAUUGAAGAUAAAUGAGAGAAUGUGGUUAAAGUUGAUCGAAAGUGUUAUUAGGAUGAGUAAGAAGGUUGAGAUUGAAAAAAAGAAGUAUGAUGGGGACGAUAAGAAAAUGAAUGAAAUGAAGGAGUUAAUGAAUCGAUUGAUUCAAGAGUUGUUUAGGAAUUUGAUAAACACUUCAUUAGGGAAAUCAUUGGCCAUUGAUUAUAUCAGUGAGAAAGAAGGAAAGUUGAGUGAGGAAAGAGAGGAAGAACGAAUUGAGGAGAUGAUGAAAAAACGAGAGAGCAAUAAUUUAUUUCUACGAAUUUUCAACAAGUUCUUGGAGAACAUCAACUGCGAUAAUGAAGAGGAGACCAAGUUGGGAGAAGUGAAGAAGAUCAUCAAGGAGAUUUAUUUGUCGUUUGAGUACGAGAUUAAGUUUUUGAAGUAUUCGAUCAAGUUAAUUGAUGGAGAAAUAUUGAAGAAGAUUGAAAAGUUGAAUAAAGAAAAGUGUAAAGGGUGGAUGGUCAAAAACAUCAAUUGCAAGGUGUGCUUCAAGAAGAUGUGGGGAAAGGACAUUGUGAAUGAAGGGUUCAGUGUGUGGGAGUACGAAAAAAGACAAGAGAUUGGGAUCAAGAAAGAAAACGAGAGGGAUGGUGGUGACGAAAAUGGCAAAGAAAUGGAGAAGGGUGGAAGAUUGGUUGUGUUCAAAUGCAACCAUGGGUAUCACAAACGGUGUCUCAAGAACUUGGGAAUCAAAAAAGACGACGAAAUGAAGUGCAUUGUGUGCGAGUCGUAGAGAUAACGAUGAGCAAGAACAAGAACAAGAACAAGAACAAGAAGCAUAAUAAAAGUAAUGUUGCAAUUCAAAGCGUAGAGUGGAAGCCGGCCCAGGGCAGCGGUACAAAAGGAGGAAGUGCAGAAACACACGCUGGGAGCGCAUGAUGCAUCUCCCGCAGUGCACGCCUUCACAUGCAUAGCACCCGACCAGCGCAGCG